AUGUUAGAUAAGCUGGAGAUCUCCAUGCCUUUUGUUGAAGCAGUGACUCAGAUUCUAUCGUACAAGAAGUUUCUGAAGAAUAUCUUAGGCAAUAAGAAAAAGCCAGAGAAGAGUGCGGUGGUGGAUCUGAAUGAGGGAGCAUUGACCUGUGCAGUUCUUCAACAUAAACUACCUCCUAAACUGAAAGAUCCGGGGAGUUUUGAUAUUCCUUGCAUCAUUGGUGGUUUUGUUGUCGGUGGUGCCCUGUGUGAUUUGGGUGCCAGUGUUAGCCUCAUGCCAUAUUCUCUAUGUAAGAGGCUCAACUUGGGCACACCAAAGCUUACCUCCAUGACUUUACAGAUGGCGGAUCGUUCCAUUAAGCGACCAGUGGGGAUUCUGGAGGAUGUCCUGGUCAUGAUUGAUCAGUAUUUUAUACUAGGGGAUUUCGUUGUGCUGGAUAUAGAGGAGGAUGCCAAGGUUCCUAUUAUACUUGGUAUGCCUUUUCUAGCUAUUGCAGGUGCUCUUAUUGAUGUGAGGAGAGGAAAAAUCGUGAUGGAAAUGGCUGAGAACAAGAUCGAGUUCGACAUAUUCAAAAUGGCGAAACACCAGCCCUCGUAUGUUGAUGAAUGUUACCUGAUAGAUGGGCUGGGAGAGUGCAUUGACGAAAGCAGAAAGAUUGAGUUAGGGGACUUGCAUUUUUUCCCUAUUGAUCCUGAACCUCCUGAAAAGUCAAGUGUGCUGAAACAAAGAAAAAAGUUCUUUGGUCCUGAUGGUUUCUACAAAAGAUGGAUGAGGGAGCUAUCUAAGUUUAAAAGGCCACCGAAUCGUUUGGUCUCAAAUCCCACCUGA